AUGGUCAGCGGACGUACCGCUGAUAAAGCUCCACCACCGGUUACAGCCGCGGUUCAGGUUUGGCUGUUUCCACUGUGCACUCUCGUCAUGAUCAACAUAACGCUCGUCCCUCUAAGUGUUGACUUUGACAGCCCGGGGGACUAUUUUCUCUUUAUUUUUCAUACCUUGGCUGGGGCUAGCACCGUGAUAGUGGCCGGUUCUGUGGCAUGUGGCAUUAUAAAGACGCAUGCACUUUUAAGACAGAAUCGGUUUAUAUUUAUGCUGAACACAAGUAUUUGUGAUACAAUGACAGGCUGUGGUAUUUUCUAUCAAUUCCUUUUUGAUGUGCGAGUGGGCUUCCCUUCAAAAAACGGGGCUUAUUACAUUCUGCCUUCACUUCUUGGAGUUAAUAUCAUGACGUUUCUAUUCGCUCAGUUUGACCGAUAUUUUGCCGUAUGUCAUCCGUUCUUUUACGGUCGUUUCAUCACCAAAAGAGUGGUUAUAUGUGUCAACGUGUAUAGCUGGGUGCAUGUUUACACUCAGCUGAUCAUACAACACGUAGUGCCACUUUCUAAAGCCAUACAAAUUGCAACAUAUAGUAGAAUCAGUUUGAUGCUGAUUAUUAUCACAAAAAUAACCAUGACUGUGAAGUUGCUCGUUGUGGCGAAACACCAGCUACUGCGCGAGCCGCCGGGCCCGGAGAGAGACAGUAAGAAAGAGUCCUUGUUGAUAAUAGUCUUGGUAGUUGUGUUUUUUCUGCUGCUGUGGGGCCCAGCCAUGCUCUAUACGGUUUUGUCUUCGCUGACGGGAAAAUAUUUUUUCUAUAAAAACGACGCCGUGAAUCCGAUGAAAAUUUUAUCCAGGAGCAACGCUUUGUGCACUCCGUCCCUCUAUCUUUGCGCGAGCCCUUCACUCAGGACGGCCGUGUGGAAAACUGUGUGGAGCAAAAUCUGCUGCUGCAAGAAAUCCAAAAGGUUGGUUGGAAUAAUAACUUUAAGGGAAACUGGUAAACGUAACAAAGAGUUUGUUUCAACUUCCGCACCUCUAUAA